GUUUCAGAAAAUAUUUCAAUCCCUUUGGGUUCUGUAUUGCAUUUUGGAAUGUCAGUUCCCUGAAUUUCUUUAAUAUUAUUCAGAAGUUUAUGAGGGGCAGUGGGUCGGGUAACGGUUGAAAAGAAGGCAAUAUACUUCUGAUCAGGGUUUAGCUUGUCUUGUUUAUAAAAAAUGACAAACGGAGAUCCUAUAAGAGAGCUUACAGAACAUGCUCUACAUUUCAAAUAUGUGCAAUGGCAUUUUCACUAAAUGCCUUCAUCCGUACUUUAGUGGAAGAUGCAUUCCUGAUCAAACACUUAAGAGUAGUCAUUCUUGUAAUUCAUAUGUUCAUGUUAAUUCUUCUCAAAUGUCUUGCUUACUUGUGGCAUAAUUAAUGUCAGUAAACAUGUCAUGGGGGCGGUAUUUUAUUUAACAGUGCAUUUUGAGAGAAGAUAGACAACUAAAUAUGCUCAACUACACUCUGAAGGGUGAAAGGAUGAAUAAUUCCUGAUGUAAAAAGUGUCUUUUAAUUCAAUUUUCAAUUUUAUGAGAAGUUGCAUUGUGCCGUCGUGUUAUGGUCUUGAUCUAUUGUGGAUGAUUCAUGAGAUUAUGGGUUGAGUGCUUGAAAUAGAUAUAUUUUGAAAUUUGAAUAAUGAUACCCUUUACGUGAGCAUGGACAUGGUCGUGAUUCCAGAAGAACGAUUAUGCCAGAGUUCUGCUGAAUGAUUAACCUCCUAGUAAGUAUGUAGAAGUGUCAUUAAAAUUAUGCUAUGCUUCUUUAUUGAUAGUAGUAAACCUUCUUCAAUUCAGUUAACUGCAGUCCUCUUCAAAGUUUUUGUUUUAAUUUGACUGUAAACUUCGUUUCCUGGUUGGAUUAUCACCACUGAGUUAGUGGUUACGACGGCAAAGACAGUGGCUUUUGAACGCUUGCAUGGUGAAUUAGAGGACAAAGAUGGGGAUAAGAAGUUGUACAGGCUAGCGAGGGCAAGGAAAAUGAGGGUUCGUGACCUGGAUCAAGUGAAAUCAUCAAGGACGGGGAUGAAAAGGUUCUGGUGCUACAACAAAUUUGGCCUAAGGCCACAUCAAUUCUAUACAACGCUUGAGAAGUGUUGCCCAAAGUAUACGUGGGAGCGUUUUCAAGGCGUGGCCUUUGGACACAAAAACAUUGGCAACACUUAUACAGCAUGCUCUUUAGUAGUAUAGGCUAUACUUUAUAAGUAUUGUCAAAUUGUAAUAUAUCUGGCAACACGUAAUUAUACAUAUAGCUACACUUUUUAAGUGUGCUAUUUUUAUAAUUCUAAAUGCAACACCUUACAAGCGUGCCCUUAAAUUCUCCUAAAAGUUUCACUUAAAUAAUAAUAUUCCCUCCAUGUAUCUAAAUUUCCCCCCAAUUCCUAAAAGGCAAAAUUCAAAAGUAAGUAUGCUUAUUUUCAUACAAUUUCUAAAAGGAAAAAAUAAGUAGUCACAUGCAGAUUUUUUGCCCAAAUCAGAGAGUGAUGAUAAGAAAGGAAUUUUUCACCCAAAAGCAUUUAAAGGAUACCUCCAAAGAAAUCACUACAAUGUUCUCCCUUGCCUCUCUACCUCUCUGGCAUCAGGUUGUUUUUUCACUUCUUUACAAGUUUAAAGGUAGAAAUUUCUUCACUUCCUUACAAUGCUUGAACUUUGAAAUCAGUUGUAGAUAUACGUACUCUGAACUCUGAAGAGUCCAAUAGUGGAAUGCAUUAGAUCUAUGAUCAACUGGAAAACCCAAUGACGAGCUUCUGUUACCUAUACUAGGGAACAUACACCUUUGACCUAGAUAUACAGGUCCUGAUGGAAGAGAGUACUUGUUGAUGUCGGAUGAGAAGUUGAUGAUGCAGUGUUAAAUGAGUAUUCUCAAGGCUUCAGGUCCUGUUGGACAGCACCGCAACAAGCGUGUAUUCUCUGUGCAUAUGAAGCAUAACCCAACAAGGAUUGUUCAUGUGGUCUGGUUUGCUGCUUUGGGAUGGACAGCAUCUACUUUUACUGGUGUGUCCUUAGCAGGUCCUUUGGCUGCUCCCAACACUUCUUCAAAUAAUCUUCACUCAGUUGCUAAUAUAUCUUCCACCUCAUUUAGGAGAAAAAAGAAAUGUUGUAUUGAGAAAGACAUGCAGUCCAAAAGUUUUAGCUGCAGCAUAAAGAGUUGCGUUUCAACAAGGAUGGGUAAGCUAUCAAGAAACUGCAGGGAGCUUGAUGUAUUGCAUGAUGUGGGAAGGGAUGCUACCGGGGGAGGCUUUGGCAAGAAUAGCUCUACCAGUCAUGUUAAGAAACUUGGAUUUCCAUCCAGUUAGUCUGUUGUUCAUAGAGUCAAUGAUGAAUUGACAGUCAUUGUUCACCGGUUUGUUGUGGAAGAUGGAGAAUCCCAAGUAUUUUACAAUGAAGGUGCUUGCCUCAAUAUUGAGCAGGAUGGUGCAAUCAGAGGCAUUAUUAGGAGUGCAGUUUGAAGAAAAGAGGACUUAUUAGGAGUGCAGUUUGAAGAAAAGAGGACUUGGGAUUUGUUGUAGUUGAUUCUUUGCCCAGAUUUGAUAAACAAAUCCUUUAGGGGUCAUUUGAUUAUACAAGUUAUGAUGGAAUUAGUUAUGAUAGGAUAAGUUAUGUUGUGAUUAGUUAUGAUGGGAUAAGUUAUGCUGAGAUUAUUUCUUAUUGAGUGUUUGGUUUGUUGUACUCAAUGAUAUGCAUUGCAUAAAUUUUAAGAAUAAGUUGUU